AUGGCAUCGCCCCUCCAGCUCGGCCAGACGCUUCGGGGGCGCUUGUCGACGUACUCGGUUAUUAAAGAGCUACAUCGUGCGGCAGAUCACGGGGCUGUCUACCUUCGGUUGCAGAACGAAGCGACCGUCUUGAAGCAGUACCAGGCUAGAAGUCGAUUCUUCCGUCCCCUCGAGGACGAGAUCGAUGAGCCCGAAGACCCGCCUUCUAUCGUUCUAAAAUAUCUCGACAGCGACCUACGCACCGAAUCUGACCGGCAGCAGUUAACAUGGCCGGAGAUCAAGCAGGUAGCAAAAUGCGCCUUGGAGGCCCUUCGCACUCUACACCAGGAUGGCAUGGUCCACACCGAUAUCGAACUCGAUAACAUCUUCGUAAAUCUAGGCUGGUUCGAUCGGCGCUUCCCCACUAUUCAGCGCGGUGACUGCGGCGGUGUUGUGCCCAAGCACUCCAAGCUUACCCAAGAGGACCACCUCAUCGACGCCAGCUUUACCCGUAGCCCCGAAGCACAGCUCCACCUGUCCCCAACCACUACUCUGUUCCUGCUUGAACUCAUGCCCCAGCAGGUCCUGACACUCCUCUGCGGCGGCGGCCUUCAUCUCUUCAACCCGGCUAACGAGGGUAUCAAGUCCGACCGCGACGAGUAUGAGUUGGAAAUUACCGACGAGAAUGCAUCUACUAUCGUCGAGUUUAUCCACAGUAUGGGGCCGCCUACGAAGCCCUUUCACCUUGUGGCGCGUCGCGAGAUCCUACCGGCAGACCGAGACUUCGUCUUCGAGAUCAUGAAGCUGGAUCCUAGGGACCGCCCUACGGCAGAGGAGUUGCUAUAUUCUAUAUAA